UCUUAUUUCAUGGACCUUUUAUUUCAUCUAAAGUGCUGGUGCUGCAUUUCCAAAACCACCCAUCAGAGAAACCACGUGGCGUGAUGGGCGAAUUUCGGAAAUUACCGGGAGUAAAUAAUACGAUAAAGUUGAUUUCUUUUCCAUCUCCAUUUCAUAGCUUCUCCCUCCAUUCUCAAGCUGAAACAACUCAAGAAACCACCAAAGCCAAGAACCUGAAGCGAUAAAUUGCACCCUUCUGAAGUUAGAGGUUGAUAUCGAUCAUGGGGUUGCUCGCUAUCAACUAUUGGCAGAUAGCAAGUCAUGAAUCUACCACUCACUUACUUUCCCCUGUUUCUGCAUCAUUCAGUGCAAAGUUCAAUUGCCUUCGUAGUGGUGUCAAAUCACGAAAGGAUUUAAAUUUUAGCAUUAAGGCAUUUGCAAGAAGGAAGUCUAUGAAGAAACUCAAGAGAAAUGAUCAAUUGCGUUUAACCAAAGAAACCAAUGUUGUACCAAAUGGACCUACUGCAAAAGUUGAUUAUGUUAAAGAUGGGAGUGACGUGUCCUCUGUUGAUAAUUUUGCCGCACAGAAAUUAACUGCCUUCCCUGCAAGAAGUAGUGUGCUUCAAGCAUGCACUCUUACAUGUGGAGUAUUGGCUGCUCUGGGUUUAAUAAUUCGACAGGUAUCUCAUGUUGCCUUUGUGGAAGGAUUGCCGAUCCAUGACUGCUCCACCGAAGUAUCAUUUGGUAUUGAGAUAUGGCACCUUGAGUUGAUAUCAGGUUUAGUUAUACUGAUAUCAUCAUGCCGAUAUCUACUGUUGAAGGCAUGGCCAGAUUUUGCUGAGUCUAGUGAAGCAGCCAAUCAACAGGUCCUUACUUCUCUUGAACCUUUGGAUUACUUAGUCGUUGCUUUUUUGCCUGGGGUUAGUGAGGAACUCCUCUUCCGUGGUGCACUAUUACCACUUUUUGGAGCCAAUUUGACGAGUGUCUUGGUGGUUGCUACUAUUUUUGGUGUUCUACAUUUGGGCAAUGGUCGAAAGUAUUCCUUUGCUGUCUGGGCAACCUUUGUCGGCUUCCUUUAUGGUUAUGCAACUAUAGUAUCAAACAGCAUCAUUGUGCCAAUGGCUUCUCAUUCGUUGAACAAUUUGGUUGGAGGAAUUUUAUGGCACUACACAUCAAGGCCAUCAAACUCAAAGUAGAUAUCAUACGAUGCUUUCAAUGUAGUAUCUUGUCAUUCAAGUUCUGAAAAUCGCUCUACAAAAGGCUUUCGGUUGUAUAUUCCCAUUAGGCGUUUUGCCCAGGUGUGAUAUGUUCAAACAUCUCUAUGCAUUCAUGAUGAAUGCAGACUGAAUUCUAUAUAGGACCCAGGUAAAUACAUGCACAAAUUUUACUUUACGUCUUCCUGAGAAUGUAAUAUAAGCAUUUAGUUUAUGAACAUUUUCUGAAAUCUUCCCAACAAUGGCUUUUCUGGGAUUUAUCUUAUUUUUCUGAAGCUGUAUUUUAACUGCUAAAAGGAUUGAGCUGUAUAUGCAAUCCUUUUAGGGAAACUCUUCCGAUGGGUUGCUUUAUUCUAUUCCUUCAUUGAAGUACAAAUGUAUGAAAAAGGAUUAGGCCUUUUGUGCCUAAAAUA